AUGCCAGGUGCUUCCCGACCUGUCCCUUUCAACAACUACGAAAAUGAUCGUCCGCCCAGUGCAGAUCAAACAGAUCGAGAGACUGACACUCCAAAGCCAGUGAAACCGGACAGCAAGGGGGACAAAGAGGACAACAAGGGGGAUAAUAAAAAAGGAGGCUGGCUUGGGGGAAUCCUUACCAAGUUAUCCCUUCGUGGCCCCAAUCAGAUGAUCCUGCCCGAUGAUAAGAAUCCCACAAUCGUGUGGGACGCGGCCACCAAGCGUUGGGUGAAUCGCGACUCUCCUGACGACGAGCCAAGCGCGCCGCCGCCACCGCCCCGUAUGGCGCCGCCACAGCCGGUCACAUCGACGCCACUUCAGUCUCCUGGUGGUAUUCCACCUGGGGCCUCGGCUCUAGCUCCUGGCAUUCCCAGUGCUGCGGGUGGCAACCUACUACGAAUGCAGAGGGGCAGAAACAUAAAGAAGUCGUACGUGGAUGUGUUCAAUCCAGCGGGUGCUCCGCCGCCUGCCGCUUUGCCCCCUCCGGAUCUGCCCCCUGCGCCACCUGCGGCAACCCCUCAGUACUUCGUGCCUGCCCCCCUACAGCAGAGUGGAAUUUAUGAUCCAAACACAAUGGAACCCGAGCGUAGCGCCAUCUAG